AUGGCCCAUGGAGAUUCCGUCUUCCAAAGCCCUGGACUUACGCCGGUGAAGCCGGAGUACGGGCCGCGAUCGAGCCCUGCACCGCUUGUGCCCAUCGACGAGCUAUCUUCUAAUCCCUCCGAGGCGGAGGAGAGGGAAGCACUGCGACAUCGGGAGAAGCCUCUGGCACGAAAGGGUCGAGCCAACCGCACCUUUGCCGAUGGCGUACUGAUUCUGAACCUAGAUCCUCAUCAACGCACACUUGCUAGCGAAGCACGGCGAGAGCCUUUGGACUCGAGAAGUCAAUCGGAAGAGGAAGAGGAGGAGGAAGAGGACGGCGACGAUGACGACGACAACGCGGCCCAACGUGGUCGGAGACAGAUGAAAAGGCCCGAAAGGGUCAUUCGGCAUGGAGCACACCGGGUUUUAAUCAAACUAAGGCUGGUACCGGGGAAGGCCUUGCUUGCCGAUCCAGAUGGUCCUGAUGACGGGGACGACGAGGACGAGGACUUCCCCAUGGUGGACACUCCCGCCA